AUGUCUACGGACGACAAGAGCAUGGCUCAGGACGCCGGUGCUGGUGUUGGCUCUGAUCCAGCUCCAGCAGCUCCUGGCAAUGCUGCGACCUCUGGUGCUACUACCACCACCUCAAGUCCUUGUCCCAAUCCUGAUAUCGCCACGCCCGGUACCGCUGCUGUUGCUUCUGUGGCUGCUACAGCUGCUCUGGCAAGCUCAAGUGCCGUUCACAGCCCUCCAUCAAGGCCAAUAUCUCCUUCUCAGUCCCCUUCAGCACCUGCAGAGUUGACGAUUUCGACUACACCCACGACGACGACUGCCGCUACACUCCCAAGUCCGACUGCAGGCCCGGCACCGGCAUCAAGUAUCGACUCAAAGCCUGCCGUACCGACCUCGUUAUCGCCGUCCGAAUUGCCUGCUACUCUCGCCGCCGCUCCUGCUCCUGCUCCUGCUCCUGCCUCACCAUCUCAGCAGAACGGCCGCAGUGAGGCGCCCGAGGCCGACUCAGAUAUGAACAGCUACAGACCCGUUCUGACGGCCCACAAUGGGCUUCCCGUGAGCUAUUCGACUACCACAGCCACGGUAUCGACGUCUUCGCACCUCGCCGCUAGCCCUCCCGUCACCUCUGGCUACGCCUCACCUACUGGUAUCUCGACUGUACAAUAUCCAUCCUACCCUACGAGUACGACAGUAUCACAUCCGUCUGAGAGUUAUAGAGUCAGCCCAGUCUCAAGCGGCAACACAUUGUCUUUGCCGAGUAUGCGAACGAUCGAUUCACUUCCUCAGCAAAGGCCUGGCCAACCACAAAUGCCACAUCAUGCCAUGUCAAUAAGCAUGAAUCCUUCUUUGACUUCUGUAUCUAGUGGUCCAACAAUCUACCCCCCUCACCAUACCAUGUCCGUACCCUCAAAUUACGGGCUGCCUUCAGAUUCUGUACCUCGUUACCCCCUACCUCACGACCCCAGGAUUCUUGGCAGCAGAGGCCCAAAGAAGUGUGACGAGACACACCCCACCUGCAAUAAUUGCAAAAAGUCGAAACGAGAGUGUUUAGGCUACGACCCCAUCUUCCGACAGCAACCAGGUGCACAGCCUAAUUCUCACAUUCAACCUGCUCCAACAAGUCAGCCAGUGGCGUCGUCAUCUGUUUCUCCUUCAGUUCCAGCCCAUUCGAGUGCUGGAAUCGGCCACCUGCCUGCGACCACGAACACAUACGGUAGCCAGCCGUCGAUGCUUGCAAGUUCCUAUUCAACCACAUCCCCACCGUCAACACUUUCCUCGUCCUCGGUGGCACACACCGUUUCGUCCAAUUAUAACUCGCCAGCUUCCGCCAGCGCAACGCCAACUAUCAAGCAGGAGCCAGGGUUUGAUUUUGCGACUCCUUUUGAUCCAGCUAGUAGGCACUUGCCACCCCCGACUGGCCCUGACAUCAAGCCAUACGACUACAAGACAUUGACAGCCGCGGACAGCAGCCAUCACGCGACAUCUAAGAAGAUGAAGAUCAACGAGAUAAUCGAUUCGCUCGGUCCGCCCCCUCCCCCGCAACAGAUAAGCCAUACCGAGGAGACUUUUAACGAAAUCACAAAAGUUUAUCAUGAGAUGUAUGCUGGUGGAUUAAGCGCUUUUCUGGAGACGACAUGGUAUUAUUUUGUUGAUAAUGGCAAGAUGUCCUUCCCCAGAGAUGCCAAUCUUAUCGAGCACAUGGCGACCUUUCUCAAAAUCUUGGAAGCUGUUAGAGCGAAUGACCAUUCGCAGAUGGCUUAUUCCGGAGUGUUGGAGACGAGAAUCGUGUGGGAGCUUGCUUGCACUGCGUAUCGGAUACCUGAUGCAACAAAUCAGGCAAACCGUGCGAACAUGCCACCGGAGGGCGAUGCCACGGAAGCAAGAAACCGCCUGCGCGUGGUUGAAGCCUUGCUUUGCGGUGAAUAUCUAGUCACCAACCCUCUCGCACCACCGCUGCAAGACCCAGAUACCCAACGUACUCGCCAGUUCGACUUUUGGUAUAGUCUGGCGGAGUUUGUGCGAAAGCAAGACUUGCCUGGUUCGCAUCAGGCCCUCAAGGCCAGAGAGGAUGCACUGAGUAGAAUGAGACACUUGCUGGAUGGGAGAGAAAAUCGUGAUGUGCUUUAUUCUAUAGCCGUCGUUCGCGAACUUGCACCGUAUUACGGUCCCAGCUAUGGAAAUACCCCCCAGUACGCCGAUGAGACUGAUCCAAAGAAUCGACUUGCAGUCGCAUCGAAAUUCAUCUUGGACGAAGCACAAGUUACUGGUGGCACUACUAAUGUGGUGCGCCGAUUCAGUGAUAUUGCGUCCCGAGCCUUUGUCAACCCCGGGGUCAACGUUGCACGCAGAACCGGUUAA